AUGAGAGGGACUGAACAGUUAGGUGCAGCAUACUUUUGCCGUCACAACGAUGGUACCAGAAACGACCCCAGAUAUCUCCUUGGAACUAUUGCCCAUCAAUUGUGCGCCUGUAAUGAUAAGUAUAAAGAAAUUGUAGGGGGAGAGAAGGGGGUAAAAAUGCUGUUAGGUAACUCUAAACUCGGUGUUAAGGAACUGUUUACUAAACUGUUACAUGAGCCAUUAAGCACGUGUGGCCCAUGUCAUCAGAAAUUUUUAGUUAUUAUUGACGCCUUAGAUGAGACUGAAAACGAGUCCAGGGAAGAUUUUCUUGAUCUUAUUAAGGAUCGUUUCCCUCUGCUGCCCGAAUGGCUUGUGUUCUUUGUCACCAGUCGCCCUGAAGAUUCUGUUCAAUCAAGACUGAAGAGAUACAAACCCUGUAUUAAAAUUUGUUCCGGUAACAGCGACCUGCAGAACUUUUAUCAGCAGCAUGAGCAAGAUAUCCAAACCUUUUUGAGAAAGAGGAUUAAUUACCCUUGUGUUACCAUUUCGGUUGACGAUGUGUCCCAAAAAUGUGACGGAUUAUUCUUGUAUGCACACUUCAUUGUGGAAGAAUUGAAAGACGCUCUUGUUUCUGGUAAGAAAAUCAGUAAUUUAAACGAUCUUUUCCCGGGAGAUAUUGAAGAAUUCUUCCUGCAGAAUUUUCGCCGCGUCUAUGACCACGUGGGAGAAAAUAUCUUCCAGAAGCUGUUUGGUUGUGUCGUCGUAGCUCCAUCUCCGCUUCCUGUCUCAGUUAUUUCGUUCAUCCUAAACAGGGAAAACUCAGAUCAUGAUAGGCAACAAGUGAUCGAUGCUGUAUCACAAUUUUUGGUGUUACAAAAUCCUGAUCAGACGUUAACUUUCCUGCACAAUCUGGUCCCAGCCUGGUUGACAAACGACACAAAGGCUCCACGCAAACUAUUGAUCUGUAAGAAGAUGGCAGGUAAGUAUCUUAGAGAAGUUUUUGUUGAAAUUCUCUCUUCAAUUAUCCAAGAAUCAUCAUCACCUUGCACGUCCAUUGACGUUAAGUUGAAGGACUAUGUGAUGCGCGUUGCGGUUAGCUUCCUGUGUCAGUUUGGAGGAAAAGAUUGGCUGGAGCUUCUGUUUACAUGUUUAACAAAUUAUAAUUUCAUAGAGAGAAGAUUGCGCUCUGGAAAAAUCGAGAUAUAUCAUCUGCUUCAAGAUUUGAAGCUUGUCAGAGGCUGCCUGGAUGUCGAUGACAAAAAGAAACAAGAUCUUCUUCAAGAGAUUGCGAAGGUACUUUCAUCAAACAUCUUUGUUCUCGUUGAAUGCCCGCAACUUCUGCACUCCUGUUUACGAACGGCCUCCAGUGCUGUUCAAGAAACUCUUCUGCUUUCCAAAUUGCCAGUUCCUUGGUUAGAAUGCACUGUUUUUGCUAAAGUAGACGCUGCAAUCGCUGAUAUGAAUUGUUUUGCCACAUCAUAUGAUAAAGAGACAGUUGUUGGGGCCAAAGGUCGGUCACUUUUGUUUUUUGAUGUACAUAGAGCGCAACUAGCAGAUGGUCCUUUCGAGAUAAGCGAUAAGAUCAUUCACAAUAUCACUCACUUGGAGUACUCUCGUGACAGCAAAUUCAUUUUUUUUGGUCGGCUUGACAAGUGGUUUUCUGUUAGGCGAAAAUGCGUGGAGAAUUUUUUUCAGUUUAAUUGGAAUGCGACAGUUUACCAGUGGGGGUUCCUUACUCGUGAUGGAGAGUCCAUUGUGGUGAAAAGAAACAUGGAGGAUCUUUCAUGCCCUUGGUCCGGAAAUACUUGUCUUAGCAAUUUACUUGCUCUGUGGGCUGUGAAAGAGAUUGAAGAGAGCCGAAACGACGUUUGGAGUCUUCAUAAUGGAUUAGUGGUCGAGGGACCAAUUAAAUGCUUGCUUAAAUGUCUCUCAUACAAGACAAACCUAGUUGAGCCUCAUGUGAAUGCAACAAGUCCGCUGAACAGAUGCGGCUUUUGUUGUGAAUUACAUCCACUGACAGACCAAGGGUACCACGAGGUGUCCCUAACAGCGGUUCGUAAAAAGAUCAUAAAGAUUUACCCUUGGAUUUUCCAAAGGCAGAUGUUGGAUCUAAAGACUGGAAGACCUGUGUUGGAACGUGUGUUUUCGCGGGAUAUUCAGCUGGACCCAUUUACUUACAUCUGUCAUGUGUCGUAUUUUAUAAACGGAGGGGGAAUGGAAAAAGCGUUCUCUGAUUUUUCAGUUUGUAACAUUGCCAUAAUGACAGCUAUUCGAUACCUGGAGGGAAGUCUGAGCCUCAAACUUGAGUGGGAACCACCUGUAGAGUUAAAGCCAGCAAAGAUGUCGGACCUCAAGGCAGAACGUACCGUCAAACUGGAGGAGUUACUAGAGGAUCUGCUGAAGAGAGACAUUGCUCUGGGGUUGAUUGAAGAGCUAAAGCAGAGAGUGAACCUUAAACUUGAAUGUGUAUUGAGAAGAAUCAAGGAGCUUGAGAAAAAAACAAAAUGUGAGGAGAGAAUGCAGGAGAAUGAGAUACGGUGGUUACUUCGAGGUAAGCGAUGGCUAUUGAGACACCAGUGGAGUAUAGAUAGAGGGAAUUACCUAAAAGAUGAAUUGGAGAUGAAGCUACAGUGGAUGAAGAAAGAAUUGAAGAGCAUGGGGUAUGAGCGGACAAGUGAACUUGUGCUUAAGCAUAAAUUGGAGAGUGAGUUAGAUUUCCUACUAAUCCGGAAGUGGGAUUUGAAUCUUGAAGUGGUGUUGAUACAAGAAUGUAUGGCGCAGCUGGAGGGAAAAUUGAGCUCGGAGGUGGAGCACUUGGAAUCAAAGUUAAGGGUAGAGGUGGAUUUCUUACGUAAACGAGAGCACGUGCUGGAGCACAAGUCGACUGGGAGGAACCGGGGUCUUGAAAUCGAUCGACAGGAGUUGACUGUUGAACGUGUUCGUGAAUUGCAGAAUAAGUUAGCUUGUUUAAAAGAACUAAAGCAGAUGUCGGAAAGACACCGGGGACAGGAGCUCGAUCAAGGGGAGUCAAACUUGAAACAGAAGCUGGAUUUCCUACUUGAACGAGGGUGUGAGCUACGACACGAAAUCGAUGUACUGGAGUUCAGAGAUUGCCAAGUGCUGAAGGUAAUACUCAACCAAGAGCGUAGAUGGAAGAGAGAGCAUCUAAUUGCUUCGCUACUUCAAAUUGAAGCCGUGAGCGAGGAAACGUGGCCGUUCUUUUCUGAACCUGAGCUGACAAGUACAGAAUAUGAGUGGGUGAAACACCGAUCCCAUGAGCUCAAACAGCUGGAGGUAAAUGUAACAGCUGAGGAGGAGCUUGAGAGCUUACUUAUCGAAGAAGAGAAACUGAUUAAUACUGGAGUGUUUCCUGAGAAGCGUGAAGUGGAGAAAAAACUAAUAGAGAGGAAGGGAGAGCUUAUGCAUAAGAUGGAGAUGGAAUUAAGUAGAAAGAGAGACCAUGAGGUCAAAGGUGCGCAAUUUUGGACGACAUGGAUGGAGAAAGAGCUUAUGCUCAAAAGUAGAGAGAAUUUGCUGAUGAAAGAAGACCACUGGUUUCGGCUGCAUCUGUUGACAAGAAACCUAAAAAAACAACUGGAACAAGGGCUUGAACAAUGGCUGGAUCUAGAACUGGGAGUUUGGGGGUCGUAUCUCAGAGUAUUGAAGAAAGACAAGAUGGAGAUGCACCCUUACCUUGUGAAAGAAUUCCAAUACGGAUCAAUUAAGUUUGAGGAUUAUACGAAUUUUCCAGAAGGGCUUCACGAUGACGAGAGUAUAGUCAACGGAGAUAUUCUCAUUUACCUUUCACCAGGAGGAAAAUGGGUUUUAGAGGCCGAUGGUCUUCGAAACAAAAAUGUUUUGCGGAAAAGAAAUCGAGAGCUCUCGUGUGACCAUGAAACACUGCAACGUGAUAUUGGAAAAUUUACACGCUUUUCAUUUACAAAGGAUGACCUUUAUCUGGUCUAUUUGACCGACAAUGGUUCGCUGCACGCUUUGUUCCUCGAAACGGGUACAGUUUUAACCAGUGUGUCCAGCAAUCAAAUUAUUUAUUUUACAGAACAAGACGUGUGUGGCUAUUUGUUUUGCAGCGAUACAAAAGAAACAGCCAUCCUUUUUUCGGAUCUAUCCAGCCCUUUCAAGUUUAUUUCAGCAUCACGAUUAGAGUUGCCUGUGGUGGAAAAAACGAUCGCAGCAGUCUUUUGCUCAACUAAUACAGUUCUAUCUGUUAGUUCUUUUUUAAAGGUUUCCUUUUGGCAGACCGCUGAACCUAAAGACGGCUCUAGUUUCAUUUCCCAGUCUCUUCACGACACGUCUGGCUUACAAGUGAAGAAUUGUGCGCUUUCUCCAAACGGACAGCUUGUUGCCAUUCACCAAGGAAGCAAGUUAAUGCUAUAUACAUUUACAGAUUUUAGCCUUGUAGAGACUCGCACAGUAUUCACAGAAGAAUUUGGUUACACGAUUUCGUCCCUUUCAUUUUCAGGGGAUAGUGCCUCACUCCUCUAUUGUUUCCGGGUUUGGCAAAGCUUUACGCGUGGCGAUGUGUGGGACGUUGUGGGGAAGUUGGUGUCGAGUAGUCUGAAGUCACAAGCAUUGGUCGUUGAAUGUUGUUGCAUUUCAUCUGGCAAACAAGAGAUUAUGUUGUGUGGUAGGUAUCAGAUUGAGAUCUGGGAAUACAGUGAAAGGUCUUGUCACUUAUUGACAACACUCCAUAUAGAGAAGAUGGACCACUCUGUUUGGUUCAGUCAAUGUAUUGUCUCGUCUGACGACCAACUUCUUGUCUGUUGCAUCGCGAACACAAUUCUUGUCUAUCGUCGAAAUGCAUUAGACAUCAACUCCUCCAAGCGAGUCCUUCUUGGCCAUCUGGGUAAAAUCGAGUUUUGUCGGUUUCUCAAAGAAAAUCGUUAUCUUAUUUCCUAUGGUAUCGAUGGCAUGGUUUUCCUCUGGGAUAUAAUCGAGUUUAAAGCGGUUGGAUUUGCAAGAAUUCCACUGGACACCGUAUGUAUGGCAGUGUCUCCGGAUGAAGAAAAAGCUGUUUGCUAUUCAUCCACCGAUUUGAUAUGCGUGGUGAAACUCUGCGAACUAAAAAGUCCUUCCCAUUAG